GACGGUUAGGAUUUUAGCCGGUUGGCAAUGAGGCGGGAACUUGAGCAGCGCCUUCAUUGAUAACGGGCAGGAAGGCAGCGGAGGACUCGAGCGCCGACACUUCCGUUUCGGUCUCCCCUCCCCUCGCGCUGAUGGGAGAGUGUUCCGGUUCCGGUUGCUGUCGGCCGUUAACCGUUGGAUGACGCUGCUGGCUGUGACAUUUCGGCGGGGGAAGGCUGCACUGUCAGCUGGGUGUGUGUGCGCUGUCGGGGGACUGCCGCAAAGAUCAUGCUGGAAGGUUGUUGAUCCGAAACAUUGGCGUGGAAUUUGGGAGCGUUUUGAGCGUGACCUGUAUCCGCAUCACUUUCAAGUGUGACCGCGACUUCAUGGACCAGUCCAAAUGCGGAUAUACGUGCAAAUAAUUCCUGUUUUCAUCUAUAUCUAAGGAAUUCACAAGUUCUAAGAAUGAAGACUUCUGUGGUAGUUCAGUGAUUGCAAACUACUAAAAUGAACUUCCAGAAAAGUUGGAGAUUCAACGUAGGUGUUCAAAACAACGAAAGGUCUUGCAAGAUUAAAUAGGAUAUUCUCCAAGUCGUGGAAACAGUCUCUCAGCAACCACCUUGUCAAGAAUCAUCAGACCUUUUUAGCAGAAAUACAAUCAUUAUGUCACAUUUGAGUUUCUGGUAAAAGUGCUGUAAGAUGCUACCAGAUGCUGUAUUCCUACUCCUGCAUAAAGGCUGAUAAUGGUAUAAUCAGUGAAAAUGAAAUCCAUGAAGUUUUCAGUUCUGCUGCAAGUGUUGAAGAUAUUCAAAAUGCGACACAGACUAAAGAAAAUAAACCGGAACCACAAAAUGAACAACAUACCUAUAGCCUAAAGACAUGCACUCCGGGACGCUCUAUUUGUAAUCGGACAGAAGCUGACACAAACUGUGAAUUUAAGGGCUUCAUGACACCUUAUCCACCAAAUUGCACAGGUUCUGACAGCGUAAAGCUUGUUAAAAAUAUUGACAAAGGAGUUGACAGGUUGCAUUGCAAAAGCCAUAGAAGUCAUGAAGAAGAUGGAAGAAAUGAGAAAACCCAUGGAUCACCCUCUGAUGGUUGCAGCAGCAACAGCAGUAAUGAGGAAAAUGAGAGUUGUAACUAUACAGCAGAAACCUUCAAACAGAAAAUCAGGAACAAAGAGAAAUAUGGUGGACAAUUCAUAAAAUGCCAGAAACCUCCUCCCUAUUUGUCUGAUGUUGAUGGAACCAUACAGGAUUCCAGUGUUCCCAAAACAUCUUUCCAGGAACAUGGCUGUUUCAAAGAAGCUAAAUCAUUUUGGACUAAAGUACGAGCCACUAGAAGUGUGGAUCGUGUUUUUGAGGAACUGAGUGACGUAUUAAACUGCCUGAAACAGAAAAUCAAGGAUGCUACAGCAAAUGACCAAGAGUAUUUAAAGGCUUUGAUUUUAAUUAACAAGGCUGGAAUCCAAGACUCUUUGCUUUCAUUUGAUACAUCAGAAAAUGAGGAACAAUUUCAGCAUGACAGUGAAGAGUUGGUAUCAGAAAAGGUCAUGAUUUCUGAAGAGCAAGAAGCACAAUCAGCACCAAGCAGUUCCCUGUGUAUACAGACAUCUGUGAUUAAAAGUGUGGCUUCCUCCCCAACCUCUAAGGAUAGACUCAUCCAGCCUAACCCUCCCAAUCAGUUGACCUUUCAACAGCACCAAUGCAGUGGGUUGUGUAUUGCAAGAGUCACACCUCCAACUCCUGAUCAUUUCAAAGGGGAAAAUCCAUUGAGAAUUCCCAUACUUUGUCAGUUUCAAAGACGACAUGGGAAGUUGCAUUGGGAUACUGAGGUCAUGGAUCCUCCUCAUGUCACUUACAAAGCUCCUUGUGGAAGAAGUUUGAGGAAUUUCAAGGAGGUGCGUAAUUACAUUCUUGAAACCCAAUGUGACUUUCUGCAAUUGGACUUUUUCUCUUUCAACACUUAUGUCCAGCUUUCACGGACAAUUACUUGCAAGAACCCAGUUAUGUAUGAAGCCGACAUAAGCCGUGGUAUAGAACCUGUGCCAAUCCCUCUGUAUAAUGCAAUCGAUGUCUCCAAACCACAGUAUUUUAAAUAUAGAAAAGCACGGUUGCCUCGUGGAUAUCUUAUUAGCAAUUCAGCAGAGAUGUUUCAACAGAAAUGCAACUGUACAGAUGGCUGCAGCGACAAAUCUAGGUGUGCCUGCCAACAACUGACAGCAAAUGUCAACAAAAGAAUUAAAGAGGCAUCUGGGUAUGAAUAUAAACGACUUCUACAAUGUGCGCCUUCUGGAUUAUAUGAAUGUAACAAAUGGUGCAAAUGCAAUGAAAGAUUGUGUGUGAACAGAGUUGUACAGCAUGGCCUUAAAACCCGACUGCAGUUGUUUAAAACUAAAAGGAAAGGCUGGGGAGUUCGUUGCAGAGAUGAUAUUGACAAAGGAACCUUUGUGUGUUGUUACGCAGGGAGAGUACUAAAUAUUGUAAAUGCAGUGGAGAACCAGAGAAGUGGUGAAAUGAUUAAUUAUGAUGUUGAUGCAGGACGUAGCGACAUAGUAAAGCCUUCCAGCAAGGUAGAGAGAAAAGGAUCACAUUUUGAAUCAGAUGGUGAACUAAUGGAUACAAUGGAAGAGGUAAAGACUGAUGUGAAAGUCGAAGAAGCACCUCGUUUGUGUAGAGCUUCAUCCUUAACUCAAAAAGGCACAAAGAUGCCUGAACGUGGAAGGUCAGGUUUUCACACUUCUGAAAAGUCACUGAAUAAAAGACCUAAAACAAAGACAGCCCUUCUGCAGGCUCAACGAAGAAGGCUUCUGGAGCAGGGGCAGAUUUCAGUCGCAUGCAGCAGUUCAGAGGAAGACAACAGUGAAUCAUCAGGGCGGCGAUGCAGAAAACUCCCAAGAACACUUGAGCCAUUUUCACUGAGGCAACACACUACUCUGUCAGAUGGUCAACUUUUCAACAGUGACAAAGGAGGCUUGGACAAUAGAAGCCGUGGUGGUUAUGGAAUAAAUUAUUCUAUUCGCUUGGGUGAAAAAGAUUUUGAGAGUCUAGCAUCUAAAAGAUCAGCUGAACAGGAAAAUGAAUCAAACAAGAAAAAGGCAAAUGUACAAGGCACGUUGAUUCAGAAUAACCAUCACAAAGAACAGGCUUCAAAAUUACAAAGAAUGUCUGAUGCUAAUGAGCAAGAGGAUUCCUGUUAUUUUUUGGAUGCGACAAAAGAAGGAAACAUAGGCCGAUUUAUUAACCAUAGCUGUGAUCCAAACCUUAUGGUACAAAGUGUUUUUGUAGAUACACAUGACAAGAAUUUGCCGUGGGUUGCUUUUUUCACUAACAGGUAUAUCAAAGCAGGAUCAGAGUUGACAUGGGACUACAGGUACUCCACAGGAAGCAUGCCUGAAGAAGAAAUUCCAUGUCUUUGUGGAUCUACCAAUUGCAAAGAAAGUAUAGUGUAAUACUUGUAACAAGUUCCAAAAUCCAUUAUUAUAUGGUUGAAAAAUGCAGAUCUGAGUCUCUACCUCUUAUCAGCAAAGAUAUUACCAUUUAUUGGGUACUGAAAUGAGAAUAAAUUUUUUUACAUUAAAUCUAAAUUAAUAUGGUUCUCCAACUCCCAUUUUUUGAGCUUUCAAAUUUGUGUUGGACAAAUAAUAAUUUUGUGCCUUUUGAAAUUUAUAAGCUUUUUAUCUGGUAUUACAAACAUUUCUUGCAAUACAAAUACUAAAAUUGAUUGAAAUGAUCAUCUUAUCAUUGCCUUGAAUUUAUGGGCAGUACACAGUAAGAUGAAAUUUUUCUGUGGACUUAGUCACACAUAUGUGAAGAUCCCAGAUUUGCAGCAAGAUAUGAUCUUGGGUUUUCCGGCAUCACAAUUGAUAUCUCUCUCAAAAUCUGAAGAGGAAAGCUUGAAUGAUGCUUCCAGUUCCAGUUUUAAUUAAUGAUUCAUGCUGGUAAAUGCAUGCAUAUAAAGAUUGGUUGAGAAUUGCAUGAUUCCUUCCCUCGUCAUGCACCAAGGCUUCAAAACUACAGUCAAGUAACCUAGUGAUAAUCUUCAAAGGGUUUUCAUAGACAUUGAUCACUCAGGAAAUGAAAGAAGAUGAUUGAUAAAAUCGACAGCAUUGAAUCAGAUACAAAUUCUUUGUCCUUGCACUGUUGACAGAAAGCCGUAAUGGAAUUGAGGUUGCAGGUUUUAGAAGAAUAUUAUAUAUAUUCCGUCCAAAAUUAGUACAUGUCUUCUGCAGUUGCUUUGGUGGGGUACCAACCUUUCCUACCUAUAUGCAUAGGAGCAUUUUGAGAAUAUCUGUUGCUGCUCUAUCUCCCAUUUGUUUAAGAUUCCUUGUGACUUUCAGUCAGCAGCAUGUAACACAGAAGAAAAGCUUGCAAAGCUUCACCUUGAAGUAACAAAUGCUCCUGAUGAUGAUUGUCAUGUUCUGCAGACUGAUUGAUUGCUUUAGUGUUGACUGUGGCAAAUCUAAACAUGAGUUAGAAUAUGUAUCUAUACAAUGGCAAUGAUUGAAUGUCAUAGAUGGAAGAACUUCAAUGAAGGUCUUAUCCAACUAAAAAUGUAGAUAUGUUUUUGUAAAAGUAGAAGUUAAUUUUCUGUUGUUGGUUUUCACUGAUCAGAUUACUGAGUAUUAGAUACAAAAUGUACACUUGCAUUAGCAAGUUUUGAGAAGAUUUGUAGCUCAGGUUGAUGUUCUGGAUGUAGGUUUGCUCGCUGAGCUGGAAGGUUCACUUCCAGACAUUUUAUCCUACUAGGUAACAUCUUCAGUGGGCCUCCGGGCCAAGCAGAAACACGCACAAGAAUUCCUAGAAGCAUGGCACUCCAACUGGAACUCUAUCAACAAACACAUUGAGUUAGACCCCAUCUACCACCCCCUAGAAAAAGAACAGGAAAUGACAUCACCACAGGAAAUGACAUAACUAACCCAAAGAAACUCAAACAUAUAAAUAGAAAGCAGGAAUUAUCAACAGUGCUUGGCCUGGAGGCCCACUGAAGAUGUUACGUAGUAGAGUGAUGAAAUGUCUGGAAAUGAACGUUCCAGCUCAGUGACCAAAAAACUUACAUCUAGUAUAUUUGCAUUUUGUUUGAUAUUUUUGCAUUAUGUCAGGAUGAUUGUCAAAAAGAUUACUUCUGGGCUGACUCUUUGUUUUCUUUUGUAAUGAAAUACAAAAUACCAAGGUUAUGUAUGUAAUUUUCUAUUUUUAGAAUUAUCUUUUAAUGUUUGUGUUUUG